ACGGGCUGGCCGGGCAGCUUCGCGCGCAGACUUUGACAGGUGUGAAAGAACGGCCGAACAACCACGGUGUUCUUGGGGGCGAGAACGGGAACGCCGAGCGUAACAUCGUGGGCUUGGGCAUCGCGCCACUCACCGCAAUCGUGUCGCUGACGGACACGCUGGCUGGCCUGGCAGUCCGCGGAAUAGACAGAAGAUCAUCGGCGCGCACCGGGUGCUGCUGCGCGCUGGGGGCCAGCAACCCGGAGCCGCUGAACGAGGGGAAGUUGAACGAGCAGACCUCCAAAGUGUCGUCGACGGUUGUGGUUUGCAUUCUCAGCGACCCACCGGAGACUGUGAAUUUUGUGGGGGUACUGCGACUUCAGUGA